CAUCUUGCACACUGUGGUGAAAUUUUCUUAUCUUGGCGAAAUGGAAGGCUCUCUGUACCUAGCGUUUUCUGCACUUUUGGUGUCGGUCAUUGUCUGGCUUCUUAAUCCUUUUCAUAAACUUCACAAGUUCUUGAAUUAUUCCUUAAGAAGAGACGGUGGCAUGCGAACUGAUCUUCAGGAUGGGGUUCGCUCGUUCAACAAUAUGCCUGGCCCAAAGGGAUGGCCUAUCUUAGGCGAUAUGCUGAACUUUCUACGAAAAUCUGAGUUCAAAGAAAUUAUAGCGGAGCUGAAGGACUCUUUUGAUAAGUACGGUCCUGUUUUUAAGAGGAAUUUUAUGGGAACAUCAGUGGUUUAUGUCAAAGACCCAAAGGAUAUCGAAGUCGUCAUCAAAGCAGAUGGAAAACAUCCCAUGCGACCUCCCUCAGCUGUAAGCACGGCGAUUAAUAAGUACAGGAAAAGCAGAAAACUCCCUAAAGUCCUUUUUGGAUUCUGUGCUAGGAAAGUGCAACAGAGAAAUAAGGUAACAAAAAUAUGGUGGCUAAAACAUUACAUUACGCUGCAAGGAAAGGAUAUUUACUUUAACAACUCAGGGGACAGCAUUUCAGAAAAAUUUGAGUCAGG